AUGUCUAAAAUUAGCACUGCCCUAGUUAGACCGGGGAAUGCUGCCUUACACAACAAACAAUUACUAUCAAAUACAAACUACUACACACUACAUUCAAAAAUGGUUUCAUCAGUCCCAAGCUUAUCAUUAGUUCCACAACAAGCUGUUGUUUACGCUGCUGCCAACGCUUCAGCCAACUCAACUGGUAACGGUACCCACGGUGGUAACAGUUCAAACUCAACCAAAGGUUCUUCAUCUGCUAAAUCAGGUGCUGCUAUGGGUGUUGUUAACCCAAUCUCAUGGAAAUACGGUGUUGCCAUCGGUGCUUUAGUUGCUUCUCCAUUCGUUUUAUCAUUAGGUUUUUAA